CUAAUUCUAGACACUUAAACACAGCCGCUGCUGAACUACUUACAUUAUUGUACAUUGUUUAUAAGAAGAAAAUGGAUCAGUCUGGAACACGUGAAUCUUCCUUUCUAGCCUUCCAGAGCCGUCAGGCCCUGAUGGUCUUUAGGGACAUUUUGGACACCGUUCUUCAUCUGAGUGAUGAGGAAUGGAAGACUUUGACUGAGGACAUAACGCAUCAGUACACGAAACAGAAGUUUGCAUCUCUCUGCACCGAAAUCGUGACGUCCAUGUCGGAGUCCGUGAUUGGGAAGAUGAUGCCGGAUCUCAUCGAACGUUUCGGGAUUGAAUCGGUUCUCCGUGCAAAAGCUAAGCUGAAGGAAAAGGAUGAAUGUGAAUCAAGGAGCCGUUCUGCAACACCGAGCCGCUCAGGUCAAAGUCUACCAGAAGACUCCUCUGAUUUGGUACAGAACUCCAUUCAAACAGCCAUCACUAAAAUCAAAGCUGCAAUGCAGGAGGCAAUCCGGAGGGUCGCAUCACGGAAAAAGUUAAAGACCGUGGCUAAUAAGAUAAUCAAGUCACUCAAAAAGAUCUCUCGUAAGUCUCAUGUUAAGCUUGAAUCUGGCGAUUCAGUGCAGCUCAAAAACAAGGCUACGCGGGAUGUGAGUGAUCUGCUGGUGAAACAUUUUUCACGCGUUUUAACAAGUUUGGACCCCAGCGUAGUGACGACUUCUGAUGCCAAGGAAAUGAUUGAAAUAGUGGUCAGUGGUUUAGUCAGUGCUGCUGAGGAAAAAGAUGAUGAUCGUGUCAGUCCAAUUUAUAUCGCGAAAAAUGGCCGUGUUCAUGAAGCACGUAAAAACGCAUGUGCUUUAGCAAAUCUAAUAGCUGAACCUUUCUUCAAAUCAAACAGAGCAGGAGGUUUUGUCAGGACCUGUUCCUCAGAUUCUCUUUUUGAGACUGCAGGGACUGAGGUCAACACCGUAAAUUCCAUCCCCUGCCAUUCCGAGACAAUUUACACUUUUGCAGAGGAGUCCACCGAGUGCUUGCCUUUGUUCAUACGAAGUCCUGUGAAACCAGAUUUCUCAGCAGAGUCAAAGAAAGGUAAUGAUGCCGCUGUCAUUCCGAUUUCCGUUAUGGAUGAUGGCCAUGUUCACCAAAUAACAGAUGAAAACAAGCUUUUGUUCAAAAAAGGAAAGGACACAGUACUUGAGUCCAACAUGUGCUUGUCAAAAUGUGUGCUGAAACAAGGCUCUAAACGUCCACCCCUGCCAUGGUCUAAUGAAGGUGCUUCAUGCAGUUCUCCUGAAGUCAUUUCAGGCUCAGGUGCAGAACAUGAAGCAGAAAAAGAAAUACUGGACAGACCAGCUGAAAAGGACACUGUACGUGUGCAAGCAGAUUCCCUUCAUAAGAUAGCAGGGACUAUAAGUCAUGGCGGCUCUGCAGAUCCAGCACUUGUAUCCGUCGAAGAGGUGGAGAGCCGUUGGUUUGACAUUAUUCCGGAGAAAAACCCACCCAUAAACUGCUGUGGCUUUAAGAAAGAGAACAAUGGCCGUGCAGAUAUUCUGAAAGUCAAUGAGCAGCCCACCGGUUCCACCGAGGAAGACCUUCCCAUGACUUCACACAGUAAAUAAAACGCCUACAGACGCUUCAGGAAUUUCCACAAACGACUGACCAGGAGCUUCUCUCGCAUCUACAGAGCCUGUACCAGCUGCGGCAGAGAUCAAUCCACUCUCUAACCCUGCAGAAAUGAUAAAUAAAGUUGAGGUCAAUGAACGCUGCUGAUGAUGUGUGUGAUAUUGCCUGUCAGACUGACACAAGAACAACAUCUGUCCAUCUGGAUGUUCAGAAGGCUGUUAUUACUCCUUCCCUCAUUUAAUUCUAACUAAUUAGCUUUAUAAAACAACUAAUAGUCCAUAAUUAUGAUAUGUCGGUAUUUUAAUAAAGACAUCAAGCGACAAUAAAUUGU